UUAAUAUUCCUUUAAAUCGAUUCCGCCCCACGCCUAUCGGGUGCACUGUGGUGCACAAACGCUUCGGUUGCAGGAAGCGUUGAAGAAGUCUCACUUAGCGGAGUGCAGAGUAGUCGAUUGGGGACCUUGAACGUAUUGGAGCAGGUCCAAAAUGGUGUUGCGGCGGAUCCUGUAUGCCUUGAUAAAUAAUGCUCAAGUUGUGGAGAAACUCGCAGAAUCUCGACCCAUCAGACGGGCCGCGCAGAUCACAGCCUUCGCCAUCACUAGAGCACAGCUAGCCGGGAAAGACGCAUCAACCAAGCUGCUCGCUUCAGAGACCUUCCGCCAGAUACGCGAGGAGACGUCAAAGAUGCCCAGGGAUGCGCACGAGUUGGGUCGGAGAGCUACAAGACUACGGGAUACGUUUGUGAAGGAGGUUAAAGAGGGGAUGAGAGAUGCCAGCAGACAGAUAAAAGACAAAAAGUGAUAACGAGUGAAUCGAGUGUCUGAGAAAAGAGACUUGACAUUUGUGGCAGUGGAACCUGAAGACACCGCCAUUAAAUAAUGCUGAAUGUUUUGCUGUCAGUUGCAUCAUCAGACUUGUUUUAAUAAAUAACACUGUAAAGACUAUAAAGGUGUUGGAAAAUUGAUUAUGUGACUGUGGAAGUGCCAUGUGAUUGGUCAAAUAAACUAUAAAAUGUGGUUAUGAUGAAAUGGAA